AUGCGCAUGCUCGAACACACUAUCGAAAGCAGCCAACCCACCCGUCAAGCUAGGAAGGGCACCGCCACCAACAAAGAUCUACUUACCGCGUUAACUAAGAUUAUCCAGCAGCAGAAUGAAACAAUCCAGAACCUCGAACGCGAAACAAGAGAGAUUAGCAAGAACCAGCAAGCGAUUAUUAACCACAAUGUGAAACUUAUUGAGGAGAUCGCUGAGCUGAAGACACGCGUUGAUGACCUCGUGGCAACAACUCCACAAGCGCACCCGCAGGACUAA